AUGGCGAAGAGAAGAGGUUGUAGAAGAACAUCAAACUCAAUGAAGUUAUUUGAUGAUUUAUAUAAUGAUUUUGAUCUUGUGGAUUUGCCUUUAUCCGGAGCGAAGUACACAUGGAGUAGGCCGCCUAAUAAGAAGAGCAAAAUCGACCGCUUUCUUUUCUCUACGGAUUGGGAAGAUCAUUUUCCAAAUAUUAUCCUCAAGCGCCUUGCAAGACCCUUCUCGGAUCAUUUUCCUAUCGAGUUAUGCUUAACGGACUCGGAUUGGGGCGCUUGUCCUUUUCGGUUCCAAUUAGCUUGGCUUGAAGGUACUAACAUAAUCUCUUUAAUGAAAGAAUGGUGGGAGUCUUUUUCUUUUAUAGGUACGGCGGGUUCAUAUUUUUCAAAGAAGUUAAAUGCUUUAAAGGAGAAAUUGAAGGAGUGGAAUAGAGAUGUCUUUGGGAGCAUUGAUAGGACGAUAGAUACGGCACUUGCUAAAUUGAAAGAAUUGGAAGAUAUAGAUGAUGAUAGGGGUCUAACCGAAGUCGAAGACGACAUGCUUGUGACGGCUAAACUAGAAUUUGAUGUGGCUCAUCGUCGCCAAAGCAUGUUGAUGAGACAAAAGUCGAGAAUUAGAUACUUUCGAGAUGGCGAUAGAAACACAAAACAUUUUCAUAGAGUGGUGAAAGGUUAUAGAGCUUUGAACAACAUCAACAACCUUCGUAUUAAUGGUAGAUGGACCGGGAACAAAGAGGAGAUAAAGACGGGAAUUGCAAAUCACUUCGAGUUAGCAUUUAAAGAAGUUUCUAAUAAUCGUCCAAGAAUCAAGAAUAUGUGCCUAAGGCGUAUUAAUGAGAAUGCAAGUGUUUGGUUGGAGAGGCAUUUUAGCGAAGAGGAGGUGAAGAAUGCAAUAAAGGAUUUGGGAGUUGACCGUGCUCCGGGACCGGAUGGCUUUCCUAUGAAGUUUUUAUUGUUGGUUGGGAUUUUCUAA